CAUGACACCGCCCGCUCAUUGCUAAACAGUAACCCACGAGAACGAGGCCUCGAGUAAGAACAGAGGACAGUCUCUACGCAGCCUUCACCAACGCCACCAGCACCAGACAUUCCCCUCGACGCACUGAGACGCAUAUAUGACGAUGCGUGGAGUGGCGUUCCUUGCCCUGCUAUGGAUGGCGUGGGCAGGAACAGUCUUGGGGUACUCCUGGGAGACUACGCAGGAGGCGUUUAUAUAUUGCCAAUGCGUCCCUUACUAUCUCUGCAUGGACGGCGUUAUCUCCACCGACGGGAGCAACCUCUUCGACGCCCGAUCAGCAGAACCAUCAGAACCCGUGACUAACGUUGAGCGGUGUCCUGGUUUGAUUGACGUUUGUUGCGGAAUCCCUCCACCUCCAACGCCUUCCACCACUUCGAUACCCACUACUACCACCCCUUACAGUACUCUCCCACCGGUAACACCCCCUCCUACGCUACCCCCUGAUACCCCAUGUAGUUGUGUGUCCUUCUUCGACUGCCCUCCUGAGCGCCUUGUGAGUGAUGGCCUCGGGAACACCUCACUUGAGUUUCUUGGCUUCAGUUACUCACAUUCACAGUGUCGUGAUUCGUUCUCUCUUUGCUGUGCUGUGGAGCCUACAACCACGCCUACGCCUACACCCACGCCUGCUCCUACACCCACGCCUUAUGUUCCGAAGUGUGAGUGUGUCCCGCCAUAUCUCUGCGACGUGAACGGAGAGCUUAUAGUUGACGGUCAUGGUUUGCUGGAUGUCCGAAAGAGAGUUGGCCACCACGAGACGCCUUCAGGGGAGUGCGCCGUUUCUUAUUUCGUCUGUUGUAGCCCACCUGGUACUCCACCUCCUCCUCCAACUCCUCCUCCACCUCCUCCUCCUCCUACGACCACCUCCUCCACCACCACCGCCACCACAAUUGACGUUCUCUCAAACUCCACCUACACGAACUACACGAUUGAAUCUUCUUCCACGGAGCAGCCCACCACCUCCACCACCACCACCACAGAGCCUCCACCAGUUAGCUGUGGUAUCAGAAACUCCGACGGGAUAGGGGCGCGCAUCUCGGGGUUCAAGACUGGGGAGAGCCAGUUUGGAGAGUUCCCGUGGGUGGCUGCCGUCGUCACCGAAGACCUCGCCAUGGAUAUGCUCAUCUACCGCUUCGUCGGGGGCGGCACCCUUGUCCACCCGCGCGUCGUAGUCACCGCCGCCCACAAGGUGUUGAGUGAGAAUGAGCGUUCCCUGUUCGUGCGCGUGGGUGAGUGGGACACGCAGAAGCACCAGGAGCCGUACCCACACCAGGACAUCGAGGUGGCUAGCAUAGUGGUGAACCCGUAUUUCCACGGAUCGACCCUCGUCAACGAUGUGGCUCUUCUUUUCCUGAAGGAGGAGGCGGUACUCGGCCCACAUGUCAACACACUCUGCCUGGCGAAGAGUCUGGACGAGGUGGACUCCAGCGCUUGCGUCAUUAAUGGCUGGGGCGUGUCCUCCUUCGAUACGGGCGAAUAUCAGACGGUCAUGAAAAGCCUUACCCUGCCUUUGGUGCCUCGCCCGAAGUGUGUUAACAGGCUGAGGAGGACUCGACUCGGGGCCUUCUUCCGCCUGCAUCCCAGCUUCAUCUGCGCCGGCGGGGAGAAGGGAAAGGACGCGUGUAAGGGUGACGGAGGCGGGCCACUCUCCUGUCCCAAGAAAGGCGGGGAGGCUGGGCAGCAUCUCCUGGUGGGGGUGACCGCGUGGGGGAUUGGCUGUGGCGAUGACGGAUUGCCCGGCGUGUAUGUGAAUGUGCCUUUCCUUCACGCCUGGAUCACCGAGACAAUUGAACGCUUCCUCCCCACUACUACCACUACUACCACCACGCCCACUACUACUACUACUACUACUACUACCACUACUGCUUCCACCACCACUGCAAUGCCAAAGGACAAGAAGCACUACCACUGGCCAGGGGCUCGUCAUCGUCAUGGUUAUCGUCGUAAACAAGAAAUUCAUCGUGCGCAAGAUUCGUCGUAAACAAGAAAAAAAACGUCGUAAACAAGAAAUUCAUCGUGCGCAAGAUUCGUCGUAAACAAGAAAAAAAAACUCGUAAACAAGAAAUUCAUCGUGCGCAAGAUUCGUCGUAAACAAGAAAAAGAACGUCGCAAACAAGAAAUUCGUCUUAACAAAGAGAUUCGUCGUAAACAAGAAAAACCGUCGUAAACAAGAAAUUCGUCUUAACAAAGAGAUUCGUCGUAAACAAGAAAAACCGUCGUAAACAAGAGAUUCGUCGUAGACAAAAAAAAACGUCGUAAACAAGAAAUUCGUCCUAACAAAGAGAUUGGUCGUAAACAAGAAAAACCGUCGUAAACAAGAGAUUCGUCUGUGAACAAGAAAAAUCGUCGUAAACAAGAAAUUCGUCCUAACAAAGAGAUUCGUCGUAAACAAGAAAAACCGUCGUAAAAAAGAGAUUCGUCUGUGAACAAGAAAAACCGUCGUAAACAGGAAAUUCGUCGUAAACAAGAAAUUCGUCGUAA